GGCUUGGCCUUCCCCGCCCUCCUCCUCCUCCUCCUCCUCCUCCUCCCAGGGGCGGAGGGAAGCAGCCCCUGGCGCUGCAGGCGGUGGCCGGGAGAAGCGGCUGCUCCGGGAGUCUGAUUUCCAGCCCCGUUUAUUAAUAGCCCCCCCCCGCCCCAUGCUGAGCCCAUGUGCACCGCAGAGCCGGCGGCGCCGGGCUCCAGGGGAGGAAGGGACCUGAUGGCAGAGCCCAAGCCCCCUCCAGAGCCGCGGCUGGAUGAAGCUGGAGCACCCACAGCAGGAGCCGCUCUGCACCCGGACCCUGCACACAGCCCAUUGGACUCUGCAGUGGGUCCGGGGCUGAUGCCCCGUCCCGGGAGCAGCCCCGAUGCCUGCCAGGACCUCCAAACAGAUGGUGGGAAUGCUGACUUGGAGACAAACGUGCCCCAGCUGGAGCAGGAUGCAGCUGAGACCAGGAUCCCAUUGGACGUGGAUGCGGCAGGAAUCCCGCUGGACGUGGAUGCAGAUAAAGCAGGGGUCCCACUGGAUGUGGAUGAGACGGGGAUCCUGCUAGACGUGAAUGCAGGUGGGACAGGGAUCCCACUGGAUAUAGAUGCAGAUGGAGCAGAGAUCCUGCUGGAUGUGGAUGAAGCAGGGAUCCCGCUGGACGUGGAUGGGGCAGGAAUCCUUCUGGAUGUGGAUCCAGGUAGAGUAGGGAUCCCACUGUACAUGGACACAGACAGGGCAGGAAUCCCAACUGAUGUGGACACAGACGGGGCUGGGAUCCCACUGGACAUGGACGCAGAGGGGGCAAUGGGCACGGAGCAGAAGUGCCUGACCCUGGAAGAGCUGGGGGACUACUUCCAGGAGUGCAUCGAAGCGGUGGAGCAGCUGGAGCAGGAGAGGGACAGCCUGAUCGCAGAGCUGGGGCAGCUGCGGGAGCCGGCGCUGCAGGAGAUCCGCCAUGCCCACGAGGAGAUCCAGGCUGCGUGCCGGCUGCUGGCCCAGGUGGAGCUGGAGCGGGACAACCUGAAGGAUGAGAUCCGUCAGAUCAAGCAGAAGCUCUUCAAGGUGACCAAGGAGUGCGUGGCUUGCCAGUACCAGCUGGAGAGCCGGCGGCACGACCUCUCCCAGCACGCCGCUUACCGGGGCGAGCUGGAGACCCAAGCAGGGCAGCUCUCCGGGGAGCUCUCCCAGCUCAAGGAGACCUGCGAGAAGGAGAAGGAGGCUUUGAGGCAGCGGCUGGAGGCUCCCCCGUGCCGCCAGGAUAACCUGUACCUGCAGGAGAGCCGCCGGCUCUCCAUGGAGUUCGAGAGCUUCGUGGCCGAGAGCCGGCGGGGUCUGGAGGAGCACUACGAGCCCCAACUGCUGCGGCUGCUGGAGAGGCGCGAGGCGGGGGCCAAGGCGCUGCAGGAGAUGCAAGGGGAGCUGCAGGGGAUGAAGGAAGCCCUGCGGCCCUUGCAGGGGGAGGUGAGCCAGCUGCGGCUGCAGAACAGGAGCCUGGAGGAGCAGAUCGUCCUUGCCAAGCAGAAGCGGGAUGAAGAGGUCGGGCAGUACCGGGAACAGGUCGAGGAGCUGGAGGACAGGUUGAAGGAGCUGAAGAAUGGGGUCCAGCUCCAGCAGCGCAAGAACCAGGAGCUGGAGGAACUGAGGACCAGCCUCCACCGGGAGCUCUCCAUCUAUAAGAGCUGCUUAGAAAUCUACGGCCACCUUUGCAAAUCAGAAGACAAAACAGACCAGGACUGCCAGGAAUGAUGGAUUUUUCCCUCUCUGUAGCAGGAGUAAGGGACAGAGGGAUCUGCAGGGGACGUCUCCUCUCGCUGCUUACCCUACCCGAGGCACAGCAGCUGCCUGAA